CAACUUACUGUCUGUUUCAUACUUGCAAACAAGAAACUCCAUUUUUCACAUCUGUGCAAGGUGUGAUUUUUUUUUAAUUAUUAUUGUAUUUAAGUAAGAAUUUUGAUUGAAUUAGCUAUAUAAUUUUUAAAUUUGAUACUGGCUGGAACACUUUUAGUUUUUAACUCUCUGGAUAGAGAGAGUUAAAAACUAAAACCUAGAGAAGUCUUUUCAAUUUGCAUAUUUUCCUACAUUUCUGUAGAUAAGCUGUGAUGGCUCUGUCUUCUUAAUCUGUAAAGGAUUAAGACUUCAGGGGGGUAUGGUUUUCAUAAUGAGGUAGUUUUCUGAACAUUAUCACAGGCUUUCAUGAUGUGUGUUUGAUUAAAAGUUGACCCAAAGUUGAGCAUCUGUUGUCACACCCAGCAGAAAAGACAAGUAAAACUUCACCACCUGGUUGUAGGAAAGCCACAGCAAAGUAGAAGAUGAGCAAAUCUCCCACCCCAAAGGGCACGCCAGUGCAGCGCAGCCCCAGUGAUGGGGUCCCCGAGGGUCUCCAGUCUCCUCAGCAUUCCACCCCUGGUUCUGGACCACAACAUAAGAAACGCAUCUCCAGCCUCCUUCAGAGUCCAUCAUUCAGAGAGGAGCUGGAUGUGCUGAUCCAGGAACAGAUGAAGAAGGGAGGCAGCUCAUCCAACCUGUGGGCGCUGAGACAGCUGGCUGAUUUUAUGGCCUCCCAUGGCUCUCCAGCUGCCCUGCCUGUCUCUCCUUCCAACAUGAUGAUGGUGACACCCAUCAAUGAUCUGCAUGGGUGGGAGCCUGGCAGUAUGGUGAAGGGGGAGAGGCUGAUGCGCUGCAAGCUGGCCAGCACCCAUCGGCUGUUCGACCUCUUUGGAUGGGCUCAGAUCAGCCGAACCUGUCUUACACUGCGAGUGAGUAAAGAACAGGAACACUUCCUGGUACUUCCAGACGCUUUGGCCUACAGUGAGGUGACCGGAUCCAGUCUGGUGAAGGUGAACAUCUUAGGUGAGGUGGUGGAGAGGGGCAGUACCAACCUUGGAGUAGACACUGAGAAGUUCAGCUUGCACUCUGCCAUCUACUCAGCACGGCCCGACGUUCGCUGCCUGCUUCACCUCCACACACCGUCUACAGCAGCGGUUUCAGCAAUGAAGUGUGGCCUCCUGCCUCUGUCCCAUGAGGCUCUGCUGGUUGGUGACGUGGCCUAUUAUGAUUAUAAUGGACUCAUGGAGGAGGAGGAGGACAGAGUGGAGUUGCAGAAGAGCUUAGGACCCACUUGUAAGGUUCUGGUGCUGAGGAAUCACGGUAUUGUGGCUCUUGGGGAAUCUGUGGAGGAGGCCUUCUACACCAUCUACCACAUUCAAGCAGCCUGCCAGAUUCAGGUGUCAGCAAUGUGUUGUGCCGGUGGGGAACAGAACCUGAUUCUUCUGGACCGAGCCAUCCAUAAACCCACCCCGGCUGGCACCGUUGGCUGGGCUGGCUCCACCUUUGGACCCCUGCAUAAGAGUCGCCUUGGAGAGCACGAGUUUGAAGCCCUAAUGAGAACUCUGGAUAACCUGGGCUACCGUACAGGCUACGCCUACCGUUUCCCUGUGCUUCUUGAGCGAUCGCGGACACGGAGGGAGGUGGAGGUGCCAGCAACAGUAACAGCCUUCCACCAGUUUGAUGACGAUGGUGUCCACCCAGCUCUGAGGCAGCACCCGUUUGCUCAGCGCCAGCAGCAGGAGAGGACCCGAUGGCUCAACACCCCCAACACCUACCAAAAAGUCAAUCAGGAGCAAGCGAGCCCGGGACACCAGCGUACCACAUGGCUGAAGGCAGAAGAAGUGACACAAGCUGGCAGCACAGCCAUCAAGAUAGAGAAUCCAAACCAGUUUGUGCCUCUUUUCACCAACCCUCAAGAAGUGAUCGAGACACGAAACAAGAUUCGACAGCAGAAUCGUCAGGAUAUGAAAACAGCCGGACCACAGUCUCAGGUCCUAGCAAGCGUCAUCACAGAAGACAGCCCUCCGACUCCAGUGAGCCCACCCAAAGUCCCACCAGAGCCAGAACCUCCAAACCCCUUCAACCAGCUUACAGACCAGGAGCUGGAGGAGUACCGUAAGGAGGUGCAGAGGAAACAGGAUGGAGGGACUAAUGGGGAGGAGGUGGCAAAUGACAAGGAGUCUCCCCCCACUACCUCCCCUACAAAGGGCCCUGCGGCCAGCCACCCUCCUCUCUCAGCAGAGGAGGCAAAGACGGACUCUCCAGCUAUUCAGAACGGAGGAGAGGAAGAGAAGCAGAUGACUGAGGAGCUGGAGAAAGGGAUGAAGGCGCUUUCAACAAACGACACCUCCUCCACUCCUGCUGCUCCACCAAUUAAACCAGUAGGUGGCACUCCUGAAGGUUCGCCCUCCAAGUCGCCAUCCAAGAAGAAAAAGAAGUUCAAGCCGCCAUCGUUCUUGAAAAAGAGCAAGAAGCAGAAGGAGAAAGUAGAGACCUGAGACCAUCGCAGAGACGCAUCAGACCUCGGUGAAAUACUACAGUGAAAUACUUCAUAGUGUAUGACAGAGCAGCAGAUGGAGUGAACCACCUCAGAUCUUUUCAGAGCCAUUUCAGAUGUCAUUCAGAGACACUGUGUAUUUUACUGUACCACUGCUACUUACUGAUAUCGAUGUAUGUGGUGAGGUGAUUCAUCUGAAGCAGGUUAAGGAGCACUGGUAAUUUUUUUUCACAUACUAUUUGACCCAGGUCGGAUACAACCCAAUUUGACACACUACUUCAAAUCACUCACAGUUUCUGUAUUCCUCUUUGUUUUAUUUUCCCCUGCUGUGUGAGCAGUCUUUCACUUCACUGUACAAGCAUCCCAACAUGUUCAUUUCUACAAAUUUCAGAAUCAUUCAUAUUCUGUGCGGCUGCCGUGUUAGUUUCAUACCUUCUCUCAACCACAACUUCACAGUACACAGUGGAAAAAUCUCCAUUAUCCAUGUAUAGGCAUUUGAAACGUAGACUGACUUUCUAGCAUGUCACAUUUUUUAAUCAUUAUAGGCAUUAUCUUAGUUAGCAUUUGGUUGUCAUUUUCAGAUAGAUGUUGCAGGUAUAAUCUGUGAGCACAAGUGCUGGACAUGUAGAAUUAUACGAUAAAGACUGAUUCUUCUCUUCUGAAUGCCAGUUUUGUGUAAAAAUAUCAGCUUGUUCAAGUUAUGUCAGCAGAGAUGGAGGGAGAAGAAGUGGGGUGACUAACAACUAAAAAAUCCCCUUCUCCAAAUGCUGUUAUUAAAACCAAAAGGAUAAAGCAUAAUACAUUUGUUGCUUGUCAAUGCAGCCUGAAACCCAGUAAUAGAAUAUACUGAAGGUACUAAAACAUUCCACUUUUCCCAUUUCAUUAGAUGUGCGUGUGCAAAAUACCUCUUUACAGUAAUCAUGUUCAGUUUAAACCAGUAUCUGUUAUCAAAAUGCUGAUGUGUGAUGUUGGCUCAUGGUUUUUAUUUAUUUUAUAUUAGAAUGUAUAUAUGAAUGUUGCAAGGUUGCCAUGUAUCAGUAAUUAAAGAUCAAGUUUGGUUUCACAUCA